AUGCCUGAAUUCAUUAGUACCCCUCUAUUUGGCGGCGCGAUCGUCUGCGACCUGCCCGCCAAGUUUGCCGACGUCAGCAAAUUGCGACAAGUUCCCGAUAACCAGGAAGUCUGGAUCGAUCAGGAUGGGUUUACCAGUAUCAUUUUCGAUAUCACAGAGCGUGUCGGAGGUUCCGGCUCUGGUCCUGAAGUUGACGGUCGUGCCAUGACCACUCACCUCGAAGACAUGGUUGGAUCGGAUAUCGACACUGUCAAGAUUUGGAACACAGCCGAGACUGAGUUCUCAAACCUGGAACCUGGGAUGCCCGCCUAUACACUCAUUUCCACGCAGACCCCUCACGUUAGCAAAUCUCGUGACUCAACGUCUGCGCCCGACUUUACCGCCAUCAUCCUAACACUUCUUCGACUUGAGAAGGCCAAGACGGAUAUUCUAAUCACAAUCAACGUGCCCCAUAUCAAAGGAGAAUACGACGAGGCAGAUGUUGACCUUGAGCUGGGACGCCAGGGUAAACUCAUUGGUGAUGCCGUUGAAUACUCGGCCUCCAUCUGGUCAACGUUUAAGAUUAAGGACUGGGGUCUGUUUGGUGAAUCUUGA